AUGCCAGGAAUUGUCCUGGCAAUAUUGAACAAGUACUGCAUAAAGCACCAGACAGUUGGGGGAGUGGACUUAAGUCACAACAAAUUAUCUUCAAUCAAGACCGGUCUCUUGGAUCACCUUCAUAGUCUUCAGGAAGUGAAGUUGAACAACAAUGAACUGGAGAUCAUUCCAGACCUGGGACCAGUCUCUGCAAAUAUAACUGUUUUGUCUCUGACCAGCAACAAGAUUGCCAACAUCUUGUCUGAACAUUUGAAGCCAUUUCAGAGUCUAGAAACUUUGGACUUGAGCAACAACAACAUAUCAGAGCUAAAAAUAUCAUCAUUUCCAUCGUUACAGCUCAAGUAUCUGUACAUUAACAGUAACAGAAUAACCUCCAUGGAGCCUGGUACCUUUGACAAUUUGUCUACCACACUUCAAAUAUUGAAACUGAACAGGAACAAAAUUUCAGCAAUCCCUCAAAAGAUGUUUAAACUCUCCCAUCUGCAGCACCUGGAGCUGAAUCGCAACAAAAUUAAAAAAAUAGAUGGACUUACUUUCCAAGGACUUCCAGCUUUGAAAUCAUUAAAACUGCAGAGAAAUGGUGUUACUAGGCUCAUGGAUGGUGCUUUCUGGGGAUUGACCAACAUGGAAGUCUUGCAGCUGGACCAUAACAACUUAACAGAGAUCACCAAAGGCUGGCUUUAUGGCUUGCUGAUGCUGCAGCAACUCCAUCUCAGCCAAAAUGCCAUCAGCAGGAUCAGUCCUGAUGCCUGGGAAUUUUGCCAAAAACUCAGUGAGCUAGAUCUGACGUUCAAUCACUUAGCAAGGUUAGAUGAUUCAAGCUUCGUUGGUUUAAGUGUGCUGGUUGGACUGUACAUUGGAAACAACAAAGUAAAUUACAUUGCCGAUUGUGCCUUCAGGGGACUUUCCAGUCUACAGACUUUGGAUCUGAAAAACAAUGAAAUAUCAUGGACUAUUGAAGAUAUGAAUGGUGCCUUCUCUGGCCUAGAUAAACUAAGGAAGCUGGUACUCCAAGGAAACAGGAUUAGAUCCAUUACAAAGAAAGCAUUUUCUGGUUUGGAUGCACUUGAACACCUAGAUCUAAGUAACAAUGCGAUUAUGUCAGUUCAAGGAAAUGCAUUUUCACAAAUGAAGAAACUCAAAGAAUUGCACUUAAAUACGUCAAGUCUCUUGUGCGAUUGCCAGUUAAAAUGGCUACCACAGUGGAUGUCAGAGAACAACUUUCAGAGCCUUGUAAAUGCCAGUUGUGCCCAUCCUCAGUUGCUAAAAGGGAGAAGUAUUUUUGCUGUCAGCCUGGAUGGGUUUGUCUGUGGUGA